AUUUCAUCGCUUAGAAGAUAACCUUAUUCAUUGAAAGGUCGAAUUCGUCAGAUUUUUGUAGUCGCACCAAGAACUCGUCGACAUUUUUCACAUUUCAUUCAAACAAAAACUAUUUCAACAUGUUGGGUUCCAAAGCCUUACGGGCCGUUAGGCAGUUUUCGACUACCGCCGUCAGACGAGAACAUGCUUACGAAGGUCCCGGACACAAUUUGCCAUUUGACGUUCAGAGCAAGUAUAAGUUUACUUUAUACACUGCUCUAUUUUUCAGUUCAGGUUUUGGACUUCCAUUUUUGAUGGUGAGAUAUGUCAAGAAAAGGAGUGGAUAAUCUUUUAUUUUCAAAUUAUAUCAAGUCAACUAGAGCUUUUCAUUCAUUCCGCUGCAGAACAUUUAAUUAUUCAUAGUUGCAUUUUUACUAAUUCAAGUACAAAGAUAGAUACACUUACUAAGAUGUUUUUCUGUUUAUUAAUGUUAUUUCAAUAAAUAAAUUCAUAAAUUUAUAGUUUUA